AUGGGUUCUGAAGAAGGUAGGUCGGUGCAAUCGUGGAGCGUGUUUGAUAGGAUCAAGAAAUUCCCAUCUAGUCCAGAAGCGCUUAUGGCUGAGAUCGAUGCUGCAAUUACUAAAUUGGAGAGUGAGCGAUCCACUGCUCGGCUCGACUCUCUGUCGCCGCUCAACGUGAAUGGUACUAGUAAUACUAAGGGCUUUGACCAGCCGCCGACUGCUGCAGCUUCUCAAUACGAUGCCAGGAUUGCAGAUGAAGCUUACCGAGCUGGUUGUGCAGCUUUUGCCGUUGGGAAGCUUGAUGAGGCUCUUCAGUCGUUGACCGUCUCUCUCUCCAAGUGUCCUCCCGAGAAGACCUCUGCUGUUGCCAAGCUUCAGUCCCUCAUUUCUCAGACCUCUCAACAGCUUCACGAAUCCCCUUCUGUGACAGUUGAAGACGUUUAA